AUGGGCCCUGUCGCAACCACCACUGCUGCUGAAGCUAGGCCUACCACUGUCGAGGGGCCCUGCAGCCGUGGAAGUCCAACUGGCCACCUUCAGCAGCCCUGGUCCAUCAGCCCGAAGAAUGCUGUGGCAGGCGAGGGUAAAGAUAAGACCACUAAAAUACACUCUGAGGAGGAAAAGGCGCUGAAAAGCCCCUCUGCCUUCCAUGAGCAAAAGAAGACUUUGGAGAGAGCUAAGACUGAAGGUUAUUUAAAACACAAGAUCCAAAACAGACCUGCACACUCAGAGCUGGUUGAUAUGCACAUUUUGCAGGAUUCAGCCACAGAGGGGUCCAUUCAAGCUACACAGAUGAAACUAAAAAGAGCCCGUGUUGCAGACAAUCUGAAUGAAAAGAUUGCUCUUAGGCCAGGUCCUCUGGAGCUGGUGGAGAAGAAUAUAAUUCCUGUUGACUUAGCUGUGAAAGAGGCCAUCAAAGAUACCCAGGUGACUUUCUCAAAAUCCUCAGAUACCUUUGCCUUUGAAGAAGACAGCAGCAAUGAUGGGAUGUCCCCAGAGCAAGCCAGAAGUGAGGAUUCUGAGGGAUCCACAGAAUCAGCAGCAGGAACCAAAAAUUCAGAAACAGUGUUCCCCUCAAUGUCAGGGUCAACUCAGGAUCAUUCCAAUGCUUCUGAAAAUGAUACAACUAAUGUGACAUCUCAGCAGAGUAGCCAGCCAAAAAGUCCAAAUGAGUUGAAUGGGCAACAAACACCUCCUGUCCCUAUUGCCACAGCAGCAAAGUCAAAAUCAUCAAGUGACAGCAAGAACCGCCACAAAAAGCCUAAGGAGACAAAGCCCAAAGUGAAGAAGCUUAAAUAUCACCAGUACAUUCCUCCUGACCAGAAAGCCGAGAAGUCUCCUCCGCCCAUGGACUCGGCCUAUGCAAGGCUCCUUCAGCAGCAGCAGCUCUUCCUGCAGCUCCAGAUCCUCAGUCAGCAGCAGCAGCACCAGCACCAACACCAUCAGCAUUUCAACUACCCUAGCUCUCAUUCUAGUCAUCUGAAGCAGCCCAAUGAGCAAGUGGCCAAAACCGCAAACUCUUCCCCAGCAACUGUUGCUAACAGUCCUCUUUCUCCUGUGAAAGGCACCUUUUCAGGACAGCCUUGCAAUUCUGCUCUUAAACCGGGUCCUUUGCCAUCCAAUCUGGAUGAUUUAAAAGUGUCAGAGUUGAGGCAACAGCUCCGAAUAAGGGGCCUUCCUGUAUCUGGAACGAAAACAGCCCUGAUGGAACGUCUGCGGCCUUUCCAAGAAUGCAGUGGGGGUUCAGUGCCCAGCUUCAGUGAAAUAACUACUAUCACCUUCCCAGUGACCCCAACAAGCUCUCUAUCCAGCUACCAGUCCCAGUCCUCAGCCAGUCUGUUAUCCAAUGGCUUUUACCACUUUGGCAGCACCAGCUCCACACCACCCAUCUCCCCAGCUUCUUCCGACCUUUCAGUGAACGGUUCCUUACCAGACACUUUCAAUGAAGGACCGAUGUCUUCCCCACAGUUUGUCUUACACCCUUCUCCUGUGCAGAGUGGGUGUGAAGAGAGUUUGAUAGGGAGCAUUAAUGGAACUGGCAUCCAGCUUGAAGUGGAAAGAAUCGACACAGAGAAAGACAAGAUGCUGGUGGAGAAACAAAAGGUCAUCAAUGAGCUCACCUGGAAAUUGCAGCGAGAGCAGAGGCAAGUGGAAGAGCUGAGGAUGCAACUCCAGAAGCGCAAAAGGAGCCAUGGAGCGGAGGAGAAGCAACCCUCCACACAUUUCUUUGGCUUUCCAAUCAAGCAAGAAAGCACAGUGUCCAGCUGUCCAUUUUCAUCCAAGCAAACUGCCUUGAAAGGACAAACCAGCAAUUCUGAUACACGGAAUAACUGUGGGUUACCUCAGCUUCCCUGCAUUGUAAAUAGCCAUUAUAUGGAAUCUUCAGGGCAAAAUGGCAUACUGUCCUCCACAUUCCUAAGCCCACAGUGCUCUCCCCAGCAUCCACCACUAGAGACAGCAAAGAGCCCUCAACACAUCAGCCUUCCACCCUCACCAAACAGCCAUUACCUCCUGUCUGUGUCCCCUAACACUCAAGGUGAAGGGCGCAGCAGUUCUCCACAGGCUAACAGCCUUCUACACACCACUCCGAUGCCAACACAGGGAGGACAGAAGUAUUCUAUUCUGUCACCCAGCUUCUGUAAGUCAAAUAUUGCCCUUCCAGAAGGAAAACAGCCUCCACCAUAUGCUGAUGCAGUGAAGCAGCAGAUGACCCAAAGUCAGCAGAUGGAUGAACUGCUGGAUGUGCUUAUUGAAACUGGAGAAAUGCCUGCAAAUGCCAAAGAUGACCACCCUUGUCGUCAGAAAGUGCCUCAGAUAACAGUGUCUUCAGGGACCUCUGGUACAUCCUCCUUACUAAAAGCAUCACCUGCUUUUGAGCAAGGCCCUUCAAGUCAGCUAUCCUUUGAACAUGGCCCUGGUAACAAUGAGAGUCAUCUUGAAAUCUUGUUAAAUUCCCACAGCCCACUGGGGCGAACAAAUGAGAUCACCCUUCUGAAGGGAGGUGGCGAAGAGCCUCACUUUGAAGGGGUGAUGGAAGGAUUUUCCAGUAAAACUGCUGAUGAACUGCUCACACCUCAUGAGAUCCUGCCAACACCCCUCUCACCCAUGGAGACUCAACUUUCUCCUUCUUCUGGUGAAGGAUCUGCUUUGCACAUGAGCUUCACAGAGUCUCCUUGGGAAACAAUGGAAUGGCUGGAUCUCACUCCACCUAGCUCAGCCAACGUUUUUGGUUCCCUCACCACUGCAGGACCCAGCAUCUUCAACAUUGAUUUCUUAGAUGUUACUGAUCUCAACUUGAACAGCACCAUGGACCUGCAGUUACAACAGUGGUGA